CACAGUGGUGAAAACAUGGAGCAGGAUUGUAUCACCGAUCUGUACCGAUCGCUGGGUAAGUCCGUCGGAGCGGAGUUUUCCCCUGAAGAUGUAAGUGUCCUCUACCACAAAGUGUUUCACGUAUCCUCCGACACCAGCGAAGCGUAUUUGGCGAUGAAGAAGAUUGCAGGAGGAGACGAUAGUUGGUCAUGUGUUGGUGAAAAUGUGUUGGAUGUUCUCCUUGAAAUGGAAAGGGAGAAGGAAAAUAAGGAAAAGCUCUACUGGGACCUCCAGCUGCUAAAUGUUGGAAAUCUCAACACUCUCUGUGUGACGGACAACAAAGUUAGAGUCGAUCCUCGUGUGCUGAAUCGUCUCCAAAGCACAGACCCCAAAACGUUCCCAGGUGUGGUUGGUCGGGGGGAGCUGCGCGGGAGUGUGGGAGGUGUGAAGAGACUGAAGAAGGCAGCCAGGCAGUGCUGGGCAAGAUUGGCAUCAGAGAGUGUGCAAAGUCUAUUGCCCUCUCCCUGGCAGGGGCAAAGCCUCGGGGUCAAAGGUCAUGCCUGGGGCUGUGUCUCCCUAUCAGACGUCCUCCUCUUGCUGGAUGUGAAGUAUGAUGCGGUGACCCACUUGCUUUUUACUGAAAUGCUUCAGGAGCACUACACUCUGAGUAUUUGGGGGACCCUGCCGCCAUGGCAACAACAUCAGGAAGAGGAGGGGCUGGGGGAUCUGGCAGAUGAGGCUUUGGAAUCAGGUGAUAUGCUUCGUUUGGCUGAGCUACCAGGAGCCUUAAGGAUAUACAGGGCCUCUGUGGGGAGCCGUCCCCAGUGCAGGGAGCAGUGUUGGUCUGCUGUUUCUUUCCUCUGUGAGUUAUUCACAUUUCAUCAGCAAGAAAGGGACGCGCUAACAGUCCUCGGUGAGAGACUGGACAGGGGGAGCCUAAGGCUCUUGUGUCUCUACAUCAGAUUGGCAACUCUGAGGGCUCGGAGAGAAGAAAUGUCUUACAGCGCUCUACUGGCAGCGCGGCAGUCCUGGGAGACAUGGCCUCAUAUAAAGAGUCCCUGCAGAGCAGAGCAGGCAGCGCUGUGGCUGCACGGUGAAGAGCAAAAAAAAGACUUUAUCUCGGUGUCACCACAGCAGCAGGCGGUGCUGCAGCUGCUGGUGCUGACUCAGGAACAGGAGCGGAAGCACCUGGUCAGGUUGGCAAAUGGGAUCUCAUUAGAGGAUUUGGAAGAACCAGGUUCCACAAUGCCUCCAAAAGAGCAUAACCAUCAACGAGAUGCUUUAAGAAAUGGCUGCAUACAAAGACUUCGAGAACUCUAUGCUGACUUGCAGAUUAACACUCAGACCACCUCAGAGCACCGUCAACCACAACUGCAGCCCAACGCAAGCAGUCAACCGACGGCGUGGUGCCAACACCAUCUGGAGGAUUGCUCCCUGCUCCUUUUGACUCAUCUGAUGGAGCUCCAGGACGUCCAGGCAUCCGCAUUACUGCCAGCACUGAUGGACGAGAGUGCACAGUGCGUCCAAGCUCUGCGAGAAGCAUACGAAUCAGAACUUCAAGCACAGCGGUGCACCAACCUGCUCCAGCUGAUGUCGAACACCCCCUUUGCUUCAGGCUCUAUUCUAUCUCAACGUACAGACUUACCCGAAAAUAGCCCCGAUGAGCGGAUCACAGUCGAUGAUCGCCACAGCAGUGGUGAGCCAGCUGAAGCUCCCACGGUGGAGGCAGAGGGAGAACUAAAUGUGACUCGAGCCGCAGAAAGGACCGACAGAGAGGGCGUCUGGAAAGCCACCGCGGACAGAGGCAAACCUGGACCAAACACUUGCAGCCCCAACCACAACAUGUGCCCCCCCCAACCCCCCUGCCAAGAUUGUGGAGCGGUCGUGGAGGACCUGCCCUACCUGGAGAUCCUGUGUGUAUCAGAUGCAACGCGUCUUGACGCAGAUAGAGAAGCCCACGAAGAAGAAGAAGAAGAAGUGGGCAGUGCCGCAAAGAGCCCCAGGAGGUUUGAGAAACAGGGCUCGCUGAUCACCCUCGCUUGGAGCAAACCAGCAGAGGACGACACAGAGGACGGUGAAGGCCCUGCAGGACGGAGCCGGGAUGCACAGCCAGAGGACGAAAGCGGUGCAGCUGAACGCACAACGUGGGAGAGGACUACUGGAGUGGGGGACAGAGAGGAGAUGAAACCUGCUCUGCUCCACUCUGAUUCCACACCAAGUCAACCUGUCGCACAUUCUGCAGACCCCCAGUGCAGCACAGCAGGACAGGUACUCAGGUACUAUGUGAUUUGAAAAGCAUAAAAUAAAAUAUUGUAUGACCAUGUAAUGCAUCAGAUUGGUUUACCCUUUUUAAAUCCUCAUUGCUCGGCCGCGGUGGAGAGAGCGCCGGCUGAACAACCCGAGAUGGGAGAAUCUAAAUGUGACCUGCAAACGCGCGGUUUGGCAGCAGAGGCCCUGCAGGCCGCACAUCCACAUCUCAUGGUUGACCCCCCUGAGAUUGAGCAGGGUGGGGGUGACAUCUGCUCUGAACUGAUGAAACAGACCGCUAAUGUAGACAGAGAAGUGCCUGAGGUAGAAAGGUGUGCCACUGCGGCAGAGCCGGAGCUGUGGGACACGAGAGUACGCGAAACCCCUCGUGCAGAGGACCAGAAAUAUAACAGUCGAGCCGCGUUUGACAGUAGCCCUGCGGAGAGGGAUUCCACACUGCUGGGGAGAGAGCGGGCACGAGAACCAGUCUCGGAAAUGGAGAGAGAAAUCACAAUGCGCAACCUGGUGGACAUGCAAAGAAAGGUGGAACAGAGGCAGCAGAGGGAUAAAGAGAGGCAACUUCUGAGGGUUCAGGAGCGUCUGUCCAUCAUACAGAACAGAAUAGCAGAGGAAGACCUACUUGGCCUGAAACACACAGACCGGCUAAGGCACCUGACAAAAGAUCUACCACAGGAGGGUAAGAACCAGCAGAAGACAGUUGUGAGAGAGCGACUGGAUCAGCUGAGAAGAGAGAGAUCCUAUGUCAUGCAGUCCAAAAGAGAAAGGAAUACUGCUGGAUUUAAGGAGCUCCUGGGUCCAGUAGCUCUCAACAGCAAUGAAAUAGACGAGGGAGCAGACUGAUGAAUGUGUCGUUUUAACGAAAGGGAUUUGCAGUUAAUUACUGCUUUCAACAGCGUCCGACGGAAGUGGGAUUUAUAUAAUAAACAGUAUUCUGAUGAGUUCAAUGCCGCAGAUUUUUUGUAUUCCACUGGCCCUGUUGUUUAUAGACUGACAGAAUAAUGUAAAAGCAUUCGCAAUGAAACAUCAAAAAUUUUAAUUGACUGUUUAUUAUACAGUUAUCUUGACAAACGUAAGCAUCAACAUUAACGUCAUUUAACAAUGACCCCCUUUAGUUGUGUACACAUUGUAUUUAAUUAAGUGGCUAUAAUUAAAUACACAUUAAGUCGCAACAGUGCACGUUAAGAGUUUAAAGAGGUCUCGUCACAAGGAGACCGCUGUAGACUUUAAAUGCACCUAUGGACAGGGGCUUUAUUUAUUUACAGAUCUAUGGGAAUAUUGUAACAUGGCAAAGGAUCUAAGUUUGGCUAACAAGUCUACGGUGGGAAGAUACGUAUAAUACAGAGGUUUGCUGCGGGCCCAGUAGAGGGAAAAUAUCUACAUGGGAAGAAUUCUCAGCAAAUAAACAUUCUGUUUUUU